GUUAUUUUUAUCAUUAAUCUGAAGCGAAUAUUUCCGCAAUGUGUUCUACGAAUUUAAAGCUUUACGAUGAUAAACACCCUUGAAAUCAUGCAGAAACGAAUUCGUCCAGCUUUAUCGAAACAGAUUAUUUAAAAUAACAGCUUGUUUUAUAUUGUUCCAAUUCAAUAAGUAGCAAUAAUCCUGUUUCUAAAACUCGUUUAAACAUAGUUGUUCAGGAUGUUUUGUUGUGUCUUGAUCUUUAUGCUAGGAGCAGUGAUAAGAGAUGAGAAAACAUCAAAAGUUUCCAAUGAAUACACUCUUAAAGAUCAAAAAUGGUGAUGAAGAAAGAUAGGUCAUCAAACAUUGUUUAAAAAAUUCUACUGAAAACAGCAACGAGUCCUGAUUCUUUUCAGGCGAAUAGUAAUUGAUGCUGAAAUAUAAGAACUUUUGUUCUACAUGCAAAAUGUGCUAAUUUGUGGAAAAAACUUAAUCGAUUCGAUGCAAACAGUCAUAUGCAUUGUUGAUGGGAAGCUUCCAGCAUACAGUAAAACAUUUCAGAUGCUUCAUUUGUUCUUCGUUCGCAUUCGAAUGCUUUCAGCUAUCUUCCCACCGAGCGUUUGCAAUGUAGCCAAACCUCUGUCAGUUCAUUACGAUCUUCGGAAGCAUUCGGAUCGGGUUACGCUUUUUUCACCCCGAAAUGGUGGCGGUACAGUCUCAAGCAGUGGAUGAUUUGCAGCAAACUCUGCUAUCGGAUUUGAUUAAGGAAUCGAGAAAAUUCUUGACGGAGUACGAUUCAGUUGUCUUGCACAAGGAACUCUACCGCAGUUUAUUUUUGCACGCAUUGAGCUAUCUUCGUGGAAUGUUGGUUGAACUCUUGCAGAAAUUCAGCACGUUACCCAAGGAGGAUUUCGAAGAUAAGGUGAUUGAGUGUUGUGGGAUUUACUUUAAAAAGAGGAUUCAUUUCAAACAGCACUAUGAUCAAGUGCACAACAAGAAAACUAUCCAAUCGGCAUCGCUGUGUGAGUUGAAAAUGUCACUCACAAGGAUAACAUUUUUCGAACGAGAAUUACGAGCAUUUUUACUAGCCGGGGAAAUUUCGAGCUGCGAGAUGAUAAUAAUUUUGAAAAAAAUAUUGAAAAGGAUCGAUGCAACAUUAGAAUUUUAAAAACAAGGAAAAUGGAAUGUACUCUGUCAAAAGAUCGGUCAAUAAACCAUAUUUUAUAUCAUCCA